CGGCCGCCGAGGCCCGGGCCGAGCGGGCGGUGCAGCGGCGGCGGCCGGGGCAGGCCGGGCCCUGACGCGGCUUCCCGCGCGGCUGCCUCGGGCCCAGCGCGCACCCCCGGGCCCCGUUCGGCCCGUGCCGGGCCCGGGCCUGGGGCCUCUGCCUUGGGGGAGUCCGGAAGCUCCUUUUUUCUUGCGAACAAUUAACGAUUAUUUGGCUACAACGGUCGAGGAAUUUCUUGAGAUGCUUUUAUUUAGUUCUGAUGCUCUCCAGAACAUUUAGAGGAGGAUUUUCUGGCCAAACGUUUGGAGCCUGGUGGAAUGUUGUGAUGGCAGCUCAAAUGACCGAUGCCCAUCGACGGUUCUUGCAGGUCCUGAUGUCUCAUGGGGUAAUGGAAGGAUCAGAGGCUAGGAAGCUGCACAGGCGCUGCUGUGAAAUCCAUAAAGUCUACUAUGCGCAUGAUAAACUGGAUGAUUUCAUCAGUGCCAUUAACAGCCACCUGCAGCCCUUGUUCAUGCAGGUCCGGAAGGGGAUGUCUGAAGAUGACGGCAGAGCUCACUACGCGCUGGUGAAUUUGGCAGAAACUGAAAUAACUAAAAUGGCAUCUGACUAUACAGAAAAUGAAUUAGAAUUGUUCAGAAAAACAAUGGACCUAAUCAUUUUAUCAGAAAACGGCUUUGCCUCUUCUACAGAUAUUUUAAACUUGGCUGACCAACUUAAGACAAAGAAAAUGAAGAAAAAGGAAGCAGAACAAGUGCUGAAAGAUUUUGUGGAGGAUAAGUGGCUCUCUGAGAGAAAUGGAGAAUAUACUCUGCAUACUCGCUGCAUAAUUGAGAUGGAACGAUACAUUCUCAGCAACUACCAAGAUGUGGCAAGGAAGUGUAACAUCUGUCACAGCCUUGCCAUCCAGAGCCAAGUAUGCGACUCCUGUGGGACUGCAAUGCACCUACCUUGCGUCAGGAAGUACUUCAGAGCUCCCACGGAACCGCGCUGUCCCCAGUGCAAUGACUUCUGGUCUUGUGACAUUCCAGGUGUGAGUCGGAUAGACUCCCAGUCACCAUCAAGAACAGGGAGAGCAGAGAGGAGCCCCAGUCUCAGCAUGAGACGAUGCUAGUCAAACUUGGUUUCAGUGAAAUCUCUUCCCCUCUCUCGCAGAAUAACCAGACUGUUCAUUACUAACAGUGCAUUGUUCAGUGUACUUAUUUUUUCCUGCAGUUUUAAGACUGACAAUAAAACUGUAAUUUACA